AUGGGGGGGGCAAGCUCGUUCGUUGCCAUGCUUGCCAUCACCGGCUUCUUGGGUGCUUCCUGGACAGCGUCGAAGGUGUCUCAGGCGUUGGGCAUCUCUGAUAUAGUCCUGGUCAUCGCGACGGGCGUGCUCUUAGGGCCCGAGAUGGGUGGCCUCAUCACCUCAGAGUACUCCCAGUGUUCGCAUGCGAGGCAUGCCAAAGAGUGCGAGUUGGUAGAUCUUUCCUCGCUGACGGACCACUUGAAGGCGAUCCAGGAGAAGGGUCUCUGCCACCCGGAGGACUAUGCCGUUCAGGCCCAGAGUCAGAGUGACCCACAUCGCCGUCUGGCCGGGGGUAGUUACCACAGCUACGAAGAGUGCCUUGAGAAGAGCUGUCAUGCAGAGAUCAACCAUGGGUGUCAAUUGACGCCGGAUGUCUUCACCCUCAUCGGCCAUGCUGGCGUCGCGCUCAUGAUCUUUGAAAGUGGCAUGCACUUCGAUUUCCAGAAAGCCAAGGUGGUGGGCCUGAAAUCCUGUAUCGUGGCGGUCUUGGGAACGGUUCUGCCGUUGCUGGCAGGGACUCUACUUACCGUGGCUUUCGGAUUCCCCGCCUUCCCUACAGGGGUGGCCGCGGGCACUGCUCUAGCGCCAACCAGUGUUGGCAUCGCUUUGCGGUUGUUGGGGGAGGCCGGGGUCUUGAAGGAGAAUUUCGGGCAGGCGAUCAUCACCGCUGCCUUCGUAGACGACAUCCUGUCCCUGAUCCUAUUCAAUGUGCUCUUCUCGUUGGGAGGAGAGUUUGACAUUGUUGCAGUGGUGGUGAACCCAGUUUUGGGCGUUGCCCUGAUGGUUUUCGCCACGGUCCUGGCAGUGCGCUGUUGGCCAAGAUUCAUCAAUGGUUGGCUGUUGCCCAAAGUUCCUGCCAAGGAGGGCGCAAAGGUUGCCCGGACGGACGAGGUGCUGUUCUUUCUGAUGUUCGCCUUGCUGCUCAUCUACGCUGUCAUAACGCACUUCCUUGGAACCCAUUUGUGGGGUUGUUUCGUUGCCGGCAUGUCUUUCGCGACCUUGGACCCACCACACCAUGCCCAUCAUGUGUGGGUCCGGCAGACCAAGCGGGUGACGUCUUGGAUGAUCAGAAUCUUUUUUGCCUGCACCGUAGCGUUCUCAAUCCCCAUCUCUCAGCUGCUCUCCGUGGAGGCUUUAUGGAAAGGUAGCAUCAUGGGUGUGGUCGCCUGCAUCAUGACAAAAGUGCUGUGUGCUCCCUUCAUGGGAGAGGCUAGAUGGGUGAUUGGCUGGGCAAUGGUCGGCCGAGCCGAGUUUGCAUACUUGAUUGCGCAAAUGGCUGCAGCUUCCAACAUGCUGGAUGAGGAGAUGUUCUCGAUUGUAAUCUGGGCGUUACUGUGGGCCACCGUUGUUGCACCCUUUGUCUUUCGCCUUGUUCUGAACCGGUAUGUAAAGAGACACGGCUUGGAUGAGCUGCCUCCGAACAAGUCCUUUUUUGAAAGCGAGUCGCCGCGGAAACUGCGUGAUCCUCGCAAUGUUCCAGACGCGGAGGCAGCGAAGGAAGCCAGUCUGACCCAGGUGGACCUUCAGGCUGAGGAAGCCACUUUCGACCAGCUGGAGGCUGGUGGUGCCAAGCCUGAUCAUCCGCUUGAGGAUGCCGUUCCACAUAAGUCAGAUGUGGCACUCAGUGACAGACAGACUAGUGCAGGCACGUCUGACGGUAUUCCCAGCAAGACGGCACUUUGA